AUGCAUGACAGCAGAGUCUUUACAGUCAAGGAGAGAGUGCUGAAGAGGGUUAAAUAUUCAAAACAUAUAAUACGUCACAUUUCAUUUUGCAUAUAUAAAGCUAACCAUCAACUUUAUAUAUAUCUUGCAAUUUCAGGUCCUUUGAGAAGCAGCCAAACAAGGCAUCAAUGUCUUCAUGGGUGUGCCCAACUGGUAAAAAGUUUCCUUUUAUCUAAAAGGUAAUUGUUAACAUAAUAUUACAUAACAGUUAAACAUUAAAUGAAAGGGGCAUCGUGUGAUGUUUUUCCUAGAAUACACUGACUGAUUGUUUAAAAGUUGGUUAGUUUAUUAAUGUGAAACCUAUGUUAAUUAAGUUAAUUUAAUGAGAAAAAAAACCUUCACAGAAAUAUGUUUCUCUGUAUAUAGCUAUCUUUUCUGCAUCAAUAAAAGUUUUAUUUUCUAAAAUUUUAAAAAUCAGGUAUAAUGGUGCUUUAAAAAACUGGGCCCCAUGACAUAAUCUGCUAUACCUUGUCAAACACAGACCAUUCUAUUAAUAAUGAUAAUAGUGUGAAAACACGCUUAUUCUUAUUUUCACGCCAGCAGUUAUCUAGUUGCAAGUUGAGCACUGGUGGCAAACCAAACUGUUUGGUAGAAAAUGGCGUUCUCUUGACUUUUGGAUAACAGAAUGGGGUGUCAGUGUCACUGUCAAAAUGAAGUUCUGGCCAUUCAGUCAUUUCAGUUAUUAGUGGCCUAUACAUGCCAGCUUCAUCUUCAAUCUUAAUAUCCGUGCAAUUCUCUUACAUUCACAGCUGCUUUUGCCAUUUGGUUGCUAGCUAUUUCUAUUGUUCAGGGGCCGGUUGUAUCAAGCCCGUUUAGCUUAAACGGUGGUUAUAAGCUCAAAAUAGAAAGCAAGUCUAUAGAUUCAUUAAACAACCAAACUAAAAGUUUUGAACCUUAAUGGAACGAUAAUGUUUACAACUAUAUAUUCAGUGCAGAAUAUUUAAGUUGACUGAUUCACGAAAGACAUAAGAGUGUUAUUUAAUUUUGACUUAUCCACCGUUUAAGGUAAACGGGCUUGAUACAACCGGCCCCAGGUGAUUAAAUUCUAAGCUACAUUUCACUGAGAAUGACAUAACAACAUUUGGCGUUAGGACUGUAUAAGGGUGCUGUACAGAGCUUUCCUUUGAAUUCGAUGUCUGUGAUUUGAGAGCAAGUUGCACCAUUUUUUUACCACGGCUGUAUUGUUGAUUUUUAGCAGUGUAUUUAUUGUUGAUAGGAUAUUUCUUUAUUCUUAUUACAUGGGUAACAUCCUUUGACAGAAAUGAAGCAACGUGGGCAGAAUGGAGUUUUAGUAUUUUAAUGAUCUGUCUGUAAUCCAAACAUUUAUCUCCAAUAUCAACAAAAAACAAUUUUUCUUGAAACCAACACUUGGCUUGAUGUUGUACUGAAAUAUGAGCAAAGAAUAGGUCUUAGGCAUUUCAAAAUGGAUUGAUUGUUCGUAGAUCCAUGCUUAACAAUUGAUACUCAGACGGCACUAAUCACACUAUUAAUCCCUAACAUUUUCAUAAAGUGAAAAUCAUUGACAACAGCCCAGCGUAUGAAAUCGUAAUUCAUCUUUUAUAGAAUAAAAAUGCUUUCACCUUCGCAUUAAUUGACAAUAAUUUGUUUUACAUCGUGGCAAAAUAAUAUAUUAAGCUCACUUGGAGAUUAUUACUGUAUUAACUAAACUAAAAGAAAAUUACCUAUUCUUAUAGAUAAAGUGACGCUGAAUCCAAAUCUAAAAAGUUCUUGUGGGUUCACCUAGCAGUUUUUUUGUAAAUCGCGAUCAAAAUCUUAAAUUAUUAUAUACACAAAGGUCUUGAUACGGUCUUUAUAGUGCUCUCAGUUGGCAGAGCAUUGGGCUAGAUUUCCAAAGGUCGUAGGUUUGAUUCCCACGAUAUACACUCAAAGUAACAUCACAAACAUAAAUUAUAGUAUUGUUUAAAUAUGUAUUUCAUAUAUUUACUAUUAAGUAUUUGGUAGUUUUUGGCUUACCAUGCUGAUACAAAUAUAUCCAUUACUACAAUUAUGUCCAUUAAUUUAUACUCUUAUCCAUAUGAUUAUGAAGUAAAUUCCAUCGCUCAUUCCGAGGCUCAUUCAACCUUUCGCAUUGCAUAUUUUUAGGACACCCUGGCCUGUAAUUUUAAAUGUUUGCUCUUAGUCGACUUAUAGUGACGUUAGGCAAAAGGACAUAACAGUUACCCAUAGAGUAUAUAGUAUUGGCACAUUUGCUGGAUUCACAGUCCGGCAAGUCCGGCCAUUCAACAAAUAAUCAUGCCUGUGAUUCUAAUCAUGCCUGUGAUCAUGAUUAAUAGCAUUUAUUUGAUAGAAGCUACUUUUAUUUAUUUUUCUAUCUCUGACUAUAAGUUACAAAUUGUCUUAAUUUGCAUCAAAGUUUUACAAUCUGAUUGAUUUCAUGCGGUCACGUCGUUAUUUCGCCGACUAAGCGCCUAGGACUUCAUUCAUAAGAUACAUGCAGUGUCAGUGAAAUUUCAACAAUUGUUCGCAGUUCCUUAAUUUAAUUAAAGCUUGGCUAUUAGAAGAAAUGCGAAAUUAUGAGAGGGUUACAGUUCCUAUCUCGCUUCCUAUCUUUCAAAUGAAGCUAUAAAAUAACUUGAAGCAAACAAGAGCUUAUGGCGAGCAAUUCGCUAUAAGCGAGAAACUAAGAAGGUUUCGUUUUGUUAAUUUAAAGUGUGUAGCCUUAUAUUUUCUUUCCGUUUUUCUCAAAAUAAUUAUUUUUAUGGAAAACCUCAACACUGCAUGCAACAGAUGCGUUGUAAACAUCAAGAUUAAAGUUAACUCACGCAGGAUUUGAACUGAUACUUUCAUUUAGUGAGAGCAUUUUAGUAAAUAAUAUUGUGUGCUUUAUUUGUGAGAGCUAAUGAAGAACCGAUGUGGCGUAAAACGGAAACACUCAGUGCACUAUAUAUUCGCUACAAAAGUGCUUAUGCCUCUUAAGCUGGUUUUCCACUAGGCGAAAUUUUGCGCGCGGAGCGGAAUUUUUCUUUGUCUUGUGAUUUCUCGGGUGGAACUAAUUAAGGCCUGAUUCCACGAGCGCUCCUUCUCGGCGAAAUGCGAAUUAUUUCGCCUGUUUCUUUUGAAUUGCGACUACUCGAAUAGAUUAUUUCUAAUUGAUUGCUCACAAUUAAAAAGAAACAGACGAAAUAUUUCGCAUUUCGCCGAAAGAGCCCGUGCGCAACAUUCCCAGUGGAAAACCGGCUUUAGUUCGAUCUACAGCGUUUGCCCUUUAAUCUACAUCGGAUUGACUCUUAUGCAGUGUGUUCUCCUAAAAGACCAAUAGCUUUGUUAUAGAUUUGUACUUAGCAAAUCGUUAGUGAAAAUAGAAAAUUCAAAUUAAGAGAUGAAUUUUAACACUAAGAUUAUUAAAACCUAGGGCUAGGUUAUAGUUGCGGGAACCACUGAGUAUUUUCAUAAAAUACAAUGCAACGGUAACUUCGAAUAAAGUAAGCAUUUUGCUUCAACGUUUCGACUUUAUUUUGAUUCAACGUUUUCGACUUUCCUGAUGAUGACUAAAUAAAGUCGAAACAUGGAAUCAAAAUGUAUACUUUAUUCGGAGUUACCGUUGUAUUGUAUUCUAGGUAAAACAUGUUUAAAGCUGGAACGGAGUCAUCAGACCUAUUAGGGAGCUUAAGCAUGUAGGACGGCAACACGACGACGACGGCAACCAAUACAAUGAGUCAAUGAAAAGUGAAUAAAUAAUUAAAGUCCCAGGGGAGAUUCAGACGUGGUCGUGGCUCUGUUUACAACGGCAAAUCACAGAUUUUCACGUCUUUUGUGCAACGCCUGCAUUUCAAGACGUGCCAAGUGCAACUUAAAUUCCGUUCAGUAGAACUCUUCCCAAACAUAAAGCCAAUGUUUUCAACUUCUUAUACUGUAUUAAAUUCAUACGAAUUAUAAUAUACGACAAGUUAUCUUUACUAUCAUUUAUUUGAAGGAAUUUGUUUUGGCCGUCGUCAUCGUGUUGCCGUCCUACGUGCUUAAGCUCGCUAAUGAUACUAAAUAACGCAACUGAUACGUGAAUGAUUUCAAUGGUCCAUUCAGUGAACUAGACAUUACAUCGGUUAUACUGGACGAAAUGGAUUAGGAAUAAAUACCUACGUGGGUUUGAGGUUGCAUGCUAGAUUUAAGCCGUGUAAAAAUCUGGAACCUAGCCAGGUGGCAAGUAGCCUAAAGAAGAUUUUCCCAGUAAUGCCUGGUUCACAUAUACCGGGGGGAAUUAUGUCGCAUGACGUUAGAUUUUUUGUUGUUUGCUUGUGCUCUUAACUUAUUUCUGCUGCGCGCAUGGUUUUAUGUUAUAGUAACAUGAUAUUAACUAAGUAAUUCUCAUUUUCAUAUUAAUCUGACACUGCAAUCGAACAACGAAAAAUUCGUUGGCUCGAGCGGGAUUUGAACUCGCAUCUUCGGGUAUCAGAUGAAAAACAACUGAGACUAACAUUUUCUAUUUUUUCGUUGCAAAUACAAAUUGAAAGCAUUUUAAGAAGCUCCGAACGACAUUUUUCAAAAUAUUAAAGCAAACUCUGUGACAGUGUAGAGCUUGACUUGCGAGGUAUUCUCAAAAGGGAAAUUGACAGCCCCAACCUUUUGAGGCUGUCAAUUUCUCGUUUGUAAUGUAAAAUGACUGAAAAUUGCAAACUUCGCAAGGCUAUAUUGUGCACAUUUUACAACAUUUCGCAACGAAACUUUAGAAUAUUACUAAUUUUGGGAUGCUCUUUCAAGCUGUGAUGAAAUUUUUGUCUAGACUUGUUCAGAUCAAAAUUUAGUCUAUUACGCAAAUGGUCAGUUGCCAAGUGUAUAGAUAUCAGAAAUACAAACAAUCACGCAAACAAUUACUUGCAUAGAACCUCCAGUACGAAUAAAAUCUACCUAAUUAUUUUUACUACAAAUGAAACGGAAAUAGUUAUCCCUUACCAAUACCAUUGGCAUUGCCGUCAAUUCCGUCAAAUUCUAAAGCUCUUCUGGUCUGUUUCACCCCAGCGUUCACUGCAUCAACUUUUGGUGUGUCAUGUGGUAGUACAAUAGGCGAAAUACCUGAAAAUAAAACAAUUUAAAUUUGGUUCUAUGACUAUAUGUCACAAAACACAGAGUCUGGUAGUUCUGCUGUAAGGCUGUUGAAGAACUCGUUCAAGAAUACGAUUUUAGAGGGCAACGUUGUGCCUCUACAGUAUGUCAAAGCUUAAGCCUAAUUUAGCUUCGAAAUACCUAUAUUAUUCUCUUACAUUCAGAAGAAAUUGA